GUGAAGGGUGCCCUGUCUUCGCACCACAUGGAUCAUCGUGACAGGCCAGCCCAGACCUUCCCAACCACUCCCAACUACAACCCCACCACAAGUAGAUGCGGGUCUUGGCAGCGCUGCAGUCAUACCAACGUCGCCUGAGAAGUCUUUCAGCAAAGGCAAUGGUCAACAUCCUGGAGUACAAUAUUGGGGUGGCUGCAGAGGAUCUGAACAGAUAUUGUCCUGGAGGGUUUCAUCCCAUUCACCUCCACGACAAACUCCACGAUGGCCGUUAUGAAAUUGUGCACAAGCUUGGUUUUGGUGCCUUCUCCACUGUAUGGCUUGCACGGGACAACCAGGAGCAGCGGAAUGUAACCGUUAAGGUCGUCACCGCCGACAAAUCAGACGAAACCAGCCGCGAGCUGAGUGUUCUGCAGGCUCUCAAGGAGCGAGGCGACGUCAACCAUCCUGGGCACAACCAUGUCUCCCACCUUGUCGAGUCAUUCCAUAUCCAGGGACCCAAUGGGCGGCACCUUUGCGCCGUUCAGGACCUGUUGGGACCUACGACAUCAUCUGUGACGGAUCGAUGCCCAAACUACCGGCUGGAAGGUCAUCUUGCCCGGUCCAUCUCUAGACAGCUCCUUCUGGCCGUUGACUAUUUACACUCGGCCGGCGUGGCACACGGGGACAUCCACAUGGGCAAUGUUCUAUUCCGUCUCCCCGAACUGGAAGUGGCAUCCCCAGAGGUCAUCAUCAAAGACCUAGGCCCUCCGCAGACAGGGAAGAUCGCCAGGAAAGAUGGAGGACCUCUUGAACCGGGUAUGCCAGAAUAUCUGGUGGAACCGGCCGAGUUUAACCCGAAGAUAUACCCUCACCUGCGUGAGGUCAGACUAAUCGAUUUUGGCGAAUCUUUUUUCCUUUCCGACCCCCCUAGCGAAAUAUCUACACCAAUGUCCCUACACCCCCCGGAGCUUGUCUUUCAACGUGGUCUGAGUAGGGCGGUGGAUAUCUGGAAUCUUGGUUCCACGACUUACGAGCUCAUCACUGGUCGAACGCCUUUCGAGGCGGAUUUCGAUGAUAAGGACUUGAUCCCGCAGUUUCAAAAAGUCAUUGGCGAUCUCCCUGAACAGUGGAUUCAAGAUGCCCUUGCCAGCGGUGUUUUGAAAGAACCUCCCAAUUAUUCAACAGCAGAGUAUUUCCUGUCUCUGGAAGAAGAGAUCCGGAGGUCCUACAAUGAUGGAUACGAAAGGGACACACUUCAAUUUGGCGAGGCAGAGCUAGAAACACUUGGUUGCUAUCUUCGGAAACUCCUGGUGGUUGACCCUGAUCACAGGGCUACGACCUCUGAACUCCUGAACGAUCCGUGGGUUUCACAAAAAGAGUUCAAGUCACAAGCCACAUAAGCUGCCGUCGACGGAGGCUGAUGUCUGCUCCAACGAAGUUGGGAAGGACGACACGGCUCCUUUGGUGCCCUGUUAUUGUGGUAGUAUCAAUAAGAAGGGUAAUCAUUUACCGGUAUCAUGAGUAAAAGUUCCAAGACCGUAAGCCGACAGGGCGCACCAACAUGCCACCAUCAUCAUGCAAGCUCUGC